UUGUCACCGCAGAAGAACGAGCGCUCAGAGAUAACAUCAGUGGCCACAGUCUCCGCGCCAAGGCGCUGCUUCCGCCCGGGGUGCGUCUUUCACCCUCGGUUCCGGGUGUCUAGCAGCUGCGAGGCGGCAGCACUGCGCCUGCCGCCGUGUCCACCCAGACCCGGGAUCAGGUUGACCGUUUUCAACGAUGGGCAGGAGGGACCUUGGCGGUGACCCCUAAAACAAUACCAUGCCCCGGGAGCCCCGCUGCUGCCGCGCCAGCUUCUUCCCUUUCCACCUCCCCGACCCGGUCGGAUUCGGAUGAGCCCACUGCGAGGAGACACGGCGGCCGCCAGAUUGCAGAUUGAGCUUAACCAAGAAGUUCAGAGUCUGAUCAACGCUGACCUGAUCUACAAUACGAGAAGGGAGUUUCAGUUCUGCCUGCCCAGCUGGGUCCCUGGUGACCGCUGAAAACUUGGCUUCACUCAUUGCCUGUGUGGAAAAUUCUCCCUCUUGAAUUUUUUCUUUUUUUCUUUUUUCUUUCUUUCUUUUUUUUUUUUCUUCACAUGGAGGACAAUAACAAAGAAGACAACACAGGCUGAUAAGACCAGAGACCAUAGGAGAAUUCUUUUACCACAGGCCUUCAAGACUUUUCCUCUACUUGGAGUUCUGGACUUUAACAGAACCCUGUCCAAUCAUUUUGGUUUUGCUAUAUAUAUAUAUAUUUUUUUUUUCUCCUCUUUUUAGUUUCCCUACCACCUUGUAUUUUGUUUCUGUACUUCAGAAAUGGGCCUACAGACCACACAGUGGCCCAACCAUGGGGCUUUUUUCCUGAAAUCUUGGCUUCUUAUCUCCUUGGGGCUCUACUCACAAGUGUCAGAAAUCUUGGCCUGCCCUAGCGUGUGCCGCUGCGAUAGGAACUUUGUCUACUGUAAUGAGCGAAGCUUGACCUCAGUGCCUCUUGGGAUCCCGGAGGGCGUAACCGUACUCUACCUCCACAACAACCAAAUUAAUAAUGCUGGAUUUCCUGCAGAACUGCACAACGUCCGGUCCGUGCACACGGUCUACCUUUAUGGCAACCAACUGGAUGAAUUCCCCAUGAACCUUCCCAAGAACGUCAGAGUUCUCCAUUUGCAGGAAAACAACAUUCAGACCAUUUCACGGGCUGCUCUGGCCCAGCUCUUGAAGCUCGAGGAGCUUCACUUGGAUGACAACUCGAUAUCCACAGUGGGGGUGGAGGACGGGGCCUUCCGGGAGGCUAUUAGCCUCAAACUGUUGUUUCUAUCCAAGAAUCACCUGAGCAGUGUGCCUGUGGGGCUUCCUGUGGAUUUGCAAGAGCUGAGAGUGGAUGAAAAUCGAAUCGCUGUCAUAUCAGACAUGGCCUUUCAGAACCUCACGAGUUUGGAGCGUCUGAUCGUGGACGGCAACCUCCUGACCAACAAGGGUAUUGCUGAGGGCACCUUCAGUCACCUCACCAAGCUCAAGGAAUUUUCCAUCGUGCGGAAUUCCCUCUCCCACCCCCCUCCCGAUCUCCCAGGUACACAUCUGAUCAAGCUCUACCUGCAGGACAACCAGAUCAACCACAUCCCUCUGACAGCCUUCUCAAACCUGCGCAAGCUGGAACGGCUGGAUAUAUCCAACAACCAGCUGCGCGUGUUGACUCAAGGGGUCUUUGAUAACCUCUCCAACCUGAAGCAGCUCACUGCUCGGAAUAACCCCUGGUUUUGUGACUGCAGCAUUAAAUGGGUCACGGAAUGGCUCAGAUACAUCCCUUCAUCUCUCAACGUGCGAGGUUUCAUGUGCCAGGGGCCCGAGCAAGUCCGGGGGAUGGCCGUCAGGGAGCUGAAUAUGAAUCUUUUAUCGUGCCCCACCACGACCCCUGGGCUGCCCGUCUUCACCCCGGCCCCAAGUACAGCCUCUCCAACGACUCAGCCCCCCACCCUCUCUGCCCCAACCCCCAGCAGAAGCGAUACCCCCCUGACUCCCACCACCUCCCGACUGCCCACCAUUCCUGACUGGGACGGCAGGGAAAGAGCGACCCCGCCAAUUUCUGAACGGAUCCAGCUCUCUAUCCAUUUUGUGAACGACACGUCCAUUCAAGUCAGCUGGCUCUCUCUCUUUACGGUGAUGGCAUACAAACUCACAUGGGUGAAAAUGGGCCACAGUUUGGUGGGCGGCAUCGUCCAGGAACGCAUCGUCAGCGGUGAGAAGCAGCACUUGAGCCUGGUGAACCUGGAGCCCAGAUCCACCUACCGGAUUUGUUUGGUGCCCCUGGAUGCUUUUAACUACCGAGCUGUGGAAGAUACCAUUUGUUCUGAGGCCACCACCCACGCCUCCUAUUUGAACAACGGCAGCAACACUGCUUCCAGCCACGAGCAGACGACUUCCCACAGCAUGGGCUCCCCUUUUCUGCUGGCCGGCCUGAUCGGGGGGGCAGUGAUAUUCGUGCUCGUGGUCUUGCUCAGCGUGUUUUGCUGGCACAUGCACAAAAAGGGGCGUUACACGUCCCAGAAGUGGAAGUACAACCGAGGCCGGCGGAAAGAUGACUAUUGCGAGGCCGGCACCAAGAAGGACAAUUCCAUCCUGGAGAUGACCGAAACCAGCUUUCAGAUCGUCUCCUUAAAUAACGAUCAGCUCCUUAAAGGAGAUUUCAGACUGCAGCCCAUUUACACCCCGAAUGGGGGCAUUAAUUACACAGACUGCCACAUCCCCAACAACAUGCGAUACUGCAACAGCAGCGUUCCGGAUCUGGAGCACUGCCACACGUGACAGCCAGAGCCCCGGCGCUAGGAAGGCGGACGGUGAGACUCUCGAGAACACACACGUGUGUGCGCCUAGAGACACGCGAAUUACAUUUGAUAAAUGUUACCCAGAUGCAUUUGUGCAUUUGAAUACUCUGUAAUUUAUACGGUGUACUAUAUAAUGGGAUUUAAAAAAAAAAAGUGCUAUCUUUUCUAUUUCAAGUUAAUUACAAACAGUUUUGUAACUCUUUGCUUUUUAAAUCUUAAAAAAAAAAAAAUAGUCGCUGAAGUACUGUACAGGGUUGUACAAGGAGAACCCAACGCCAAGGCAAAAGACGGAGUGAUUCUUCCUCAUGAGGCACAUUAACCAUUUUUGCUGUGGAAGCUGUCAGAGUAAAUUCCUUUCUCACAGUCGGUCGGUGGUUAGAUGAAAGGGCAGAUUAGAAGAGCUCAUCAGGGUAGGCUAAGUGAUGUGGGGGAAACAAGAAAUGGCCCAGAUACCUUCAUGCUAUUUCUGCCCUUCCUAGUCUGGAAGAGAAGUUAAAAAUCUUGAAAUAGAAGAAAGGAGGUAGUUACCCUGAGUUGACCCAAAGCAGGAAAUAGAGAAAAGCAUCAUGAGGAAGCCCGUUCCUGUAAGAUAAGUUAACCCAACCCGUCAGAACCCAGCAAAAGACAUUUUGGAAAAGAACUUCAAACUCGGGUGUUGGCUUUCUGACCGGGAGCUUAAAAAUCACUCCUCAUGCUUCCCUGACCCUAUAUGAUAACAGAGUUAGAGACUUGAGUCUGAUUUCAGUCAUCUGCAGGGACAGGUAGGAUGUUCCAGCAAGAAAACUCCCUUUAAAAGUGUUACUAUUCAAAUUAUAUGUCAGGCUGAAUCACAUUCAACAGAGAUAUAUUCUAGAAUACUUUUUUAGAAGAGGCUAAUAAAAUAAUGGGAAGAAUUAUAUUGAAUGGAAUUAUUUUUGAUAAUGAGAAUUAUUUGGGUAGAUUCACUGCAGCUAUGUCAACAUGAUAUUUAGACCAACAAGAGGUUAGUAUUUGGAAUAUGCUGAACUUGUUAUUUAAAAACUAUUGAUACCAUUUAGACAAAAGCAAGUGAUGAGCGGUUCUGCUGUACUUUAUCAAAUGACUGUGUUAACACGUAUCAUGUUGAAAUAGCUUGAAUUAAUACCUUUAUCCCCUCGCAAAUUUGUCUUCCAAUCACCUCACAUAUAUUUUCGUAAUUAGCUAUUUAUGCUACAUUUGUUUGAUUUUUUUCCCCACUCUGCUUAAAAUUUGAAAGAAAAUUUUAGAUGACAGUUUUGGUUGCACAAAAUAUCCAUAUAUACUUAACACUUUAAAAUGUAUACUAAUUUUCAGUGUUUAUAAUUCUAUGGGGACACAUCAAAGCUGGAUGAUUUUUUUUUUUUCUUGUAAAGGAAUACUGAGUUUCCACCUUGAACUGACUUUGACCCUGUUCCAGUUUUGAAAUUUCAUUUAUUCCUUUUCAGUCUUGGAUGUCCCUCUUGUUUGGGAAUCAUGGAGGGAUGAUCAAUCUUUUAUUAACAGGAUAACAUGAAAAAUGAACAAGUCAGGGAGUGUGAGCUUGUUCCCCUAAUCUUGGCAGAGUGGGGCAUACAGCAGAGGGCACAGGGAAGGGAGGGAUGUCUGUGUUUAAUUCUAGAUAUUUUUGAAGCAAUGCCCAUCUUCACAAAGUAUGUAUAACUUACUCCUUUUCAUCCCUUAGAUGUAGAAGGGCUAUCGAUUGCAUACAUUAUCUAAAACACACACACCCUUGGAAAAUUCCUUAUAAAAUCAAAUUUCAUCCUGUGUUGCAUAUUUCCUUUACCGCUGGCCAUUUUUAUAGGGACCUAUGAAGUUAAUGUCACAAUCAUUUUCUCUCUCUCUCUCUCUCUCUCACUUUUAACAAAAUAGAACUGUGAUGUGUCUUCUUUGUAAGAGUUUAGGUAUAAAAUGCUAUGCAAGUUUUUCUUUAUAGUAAGAGCUUUAUUUUCUUUAAUAAUGUACCCCCAACUUCUAUGUUUUAAUCUCCCUUGUCCCUCAGAAUAAGCAGAAAAUAUAACUGAAGUUACAAUGUUGUAGAAGCAAGAAUCAAAACUGCAGUCAGUUGAGCUGAAAUUAGCUACAAAUUAAUUUGAAUUAAUUCUAAAGUGGCUUAGGUUUCCCUUUUAGUCUAUUAGCUAGCAAAUUUUGGCUGUUGCUAUUUUAAACCUAAUUCCACAUGGCAAAGGGACAAGACAGUCUGUGAAGGUGAUCCGUGUAAACGGUAAGCCAUGUACGGUGCAGGACAAUGACAUGGGAUUUUGUGUACUUACCUGGAUAAUUCCCUUCCACUGUCCUCUUCCCCUUGGCUGUGUAGAUAAAACUAUGUGUUCAAAUGAUGGUACUUGGACUUUUGAGGGUUUUUUUCUCUCUUAUCCACAAAAUACUCAUUUUCAUUUAUUUCUAUUGUGUGUAUAACCCUAGCUGCUGAGACAUUUUUGCUUUGGGCCAAGAAGACCAAUGUUGGAGAGGUUUCUAUGACGUCUUAUGGGAUUCAUAAAAUUAUUUGGGGCUUAACUGGUACAAUGAAGACCUAGUCACUUGAAGUGGUUCCUUUGCUAGAAGAUGUUCCUGAAGAGAUAGAAUGUAGUUAUAGGCUUCCCUUUGCUCUUGCACACAAUAUGGCAGAGACUGCUAAAAUUCAUAUCAAUGUGUCAUUUGUCAUGGCAUACCUGGGGCUCUCGCUUAUACCAGGAUAGAAAGCACAUCACUGUAUUUGUAAUGUCUUAUGUGUCUUAGGAAAACUGCUGAAUAACCAACCAGAGGUGUUGGAUUAGGGUUUGACUGGCAUUUACGGUCACAGGAAUGUGUUCUACUCUGUAUUCGAGCUUCUUUUGCUGUCAUUGUUUUGUAUUUUGAGAUUAGUCAAGAGUCACAGUUAAAGGUGCAGGCCCAGUUCGUGAACACAAGGGACUGGCUUGUAAAGAGCUUGAUGCUGUUCGACCAAACAAGAUGAUCAGAUAAUACACAGCCACUUUCAGAGCUAGGGGACUGUCACUGUGCAGGGGAAAUUCUAAAAGGAAAAGAUAUAGCCAUGAUCACACAGAUAUUAUGGAUCGUUAUUCAUACCCAGGGUUGUCAUUAAUACCUAUUUGUUUGGGGAGACAUGCUUGAAUGGAGAGAGGCUCUGGGCUUCCCACAAAACUCUCAAAUGCAUUAACAGUCUUUGCAAUGCACAACCACGGGCAGAGACAAAAAGUGUUUCCCUGUGUAAGAAGUGGAAAACAUUCCAUCCCAGGAGAAAUAAUGCAAUUUCUAGUUAUCUGGAUGCUUGUUGAAAAUAUAUUAGAUAUGUUCCCUGAGGUAAAAACAAAAACAAAAACAAAAAACCUGUAAUGUGACCAGUUCUGGCAAAAUUAUUAACGAAGUAGCUAAUUCUAAGUCCCCAUUUCCUAUGAGUGCAGAUCAUGAUGUCUUAGUCAUUUCACAAGAUCACAACUUCCUUCCUCUUUGUGGAAAACCUGCUCUGCAUGAGGCCAGCAGAACACCCAGUCCAAACACAACUUACACAGAACAGUUGCUGCACUAGUCUGGGGAACGUCAGCUGGAGAGCUCAGUGCAACUUUUGACCAUGAAGUGGUUCGUUUCCGUUGCUUUCUUUGUGUAUAGCGUUUUUCUUGAACCUACAACAAGAAGACUUUACUUUAGAACAUGAGAAGAAUGGUUUUGCCCAUGAUUUUCCUGCUUCAUGGGAAAGCAAAGCGGUUUCUUUGUGCCCCGAAGGGAAAGAGAUACAAGGGAAAGAGAUACAAACAAAACACUCUCCUAGUUCUUAAUCAUAGUCAAAACUGGCCUGAUUUUUGUUUGUUUGUUUGUUUGUUGUUUUUGUUUUUGUUUUUUUCAGUCAAAAUACUAAUGAAGAAAGCUGUAGCUUAUAUCCUUCUCUGAUUUCUUCAGCAGGGUCAAAAGACAAUUACUGGCAUCGGGGAUGUUUGUCACAGAUUGUGGGGAGAAAGAUUUGUACAUGUAUGAUACUGUUGUUGUAAGAAAUGGAUCAGAGUCUUGUGCUAUGGUUUUCAUUUUCCUUUUUCUAGCGGCACAUUCACCGAAGAGCACAAAGCAAGACCAUUGCAACAGACAUUUUUAAAUGAGUAUGAAACACACACGUGCGUGUGCACACACACACACACAAAUGCACACCCCGAGGCAUUUAUAAAGAUAUCCAUAGGAUGUAAGAUUUAUAACCUUUUUGAGGUAAGGUGAAGCUGUCGCCACUGUCUGUUCCUCCUAGGACCAGUAUAUAUUCACUGAAAGUUAAUUCCAGUGAUUUGUUAUUGUUUGAACCAUACGUUGAUUUGCUUCCGGUUUACGUUUAGUGUGACAAGGGACUGCAAGAGGCUGGAAGAUUCUGCAUUACACACCCUCUGAGACCUACCAUGUCACACACUUUGUUAACUAUCAACUUCACUCCACACUAUACAGUACCUUGUUGAUAUAUUCAGUAAAGGCUUAUUUUAAAAGAAAACCACAUUGUGUUUAUCUGAGUAAGUUCAUUGGGGUUCUACCAACACUUGCAUUCUUAAUGUUAAAAAGAAAUAUGGGAUGCUUCCUGAUGAUGCAGGAGGAUGGCAGGGAUGAAGAAAGUAGUAGGAUCUUUCCCUUUCUCCUACCUUAAAGAAGUGUUUUUUAAGGCCAUGUGAGCCUUUUUGUGUGAGGGAUUUCUAUGACAUCUUCAUGUUCUUUUCUAUUUCCCAACUAGAUUGUGUGUUUCUAUGAAUAUCUUUUUAGUAUACACACAUACAUCAAACAUAUUGUUUUGUAUUUGUAAAAUCCAUGUUGUUUAGGGUAGAGAUAAAUACCAAUGUAGUUAUCCAAUCAGAAUAAUCUUUUUUUUUCCUAUUUCAACACAUAAGCUAUUGGUUUUAAAUGUCAAUUUUCUUUAACAUAGUUUCAUGGUACAUUUCUACUUCAGAUCUGUUUACAGCUCAUGUACACAUACUUCUAAUGAGCAGUCAUGAAAAUGUAUCUAUUCAUAUGCUCCACUUCAACUCAGAUUAAUCUCAAAGUUUGCCAGAGCCCUUUCUCUAACUCUUCUUGACCAUUUCACUAAUAAUGUAUUUGACAGAGAUUAAAUCAGGAAAUAAAAUCACGACACUUCAGUUAACUAGUGUUAAUUAUUUGUAGACUCUGUUGGAAAAUUAAGUAUGAAAGACAGUGGUAACAGAUGAUUCACAUUACAUUUGGGAGAUUUUAUGUCAAGUAAUGUUCAGGCAACUCCUAGUUACUUUUACCAAGAAUUACAGACCUUACUCUGUGAAAAUCAGACCCUUAGUCAAGGAAUACAAUUCAUACCAAAAGAAAAAGAAAAGGUUAUUAAGAUCCUUCUACUUUGUUCCAGGCACCUGGGUGAGUAUAGAGUUUUCAGAGAGGAAUAAAAUGUAGUCUUUGGCAAAUCUAUAUCUUCCACUUCCCUGUGCUCCUAAAGAAAUCUGUCCAUCCAAAGUGUUUACUCCUUAUCUACUUUCUACAGAGUACUAUGUUAGAUCCUUCUGGGGAUUUGGAGAAAAAUAUGACUCUGCUGCUAAGGAGCUCAUAGAUCAUGCAAUAAGCUCAUUUACUAACACUUUCCAGAUUUUCAGAGACUGCAUUCUCUCCAACUCACCACAGUAUCUAGGGUGACAAAAGAAAUACAUGUACUUCUUGGUAAAUUUGAUGAUGCAUUAGUUGUAUAUAUUAGAUGAUCUUGGUGUUUAAUAGAUGACACAAAGUGAUAGUGCAUUGAUAAAAUUAGAAUGAAAUUUGAAUUAACUUUUCAAACAUAUACUACAUGAUUGAACAUUUAGGAAUUGUGUUUGGUAAUUAGACAUGCAACCUUAAAUUUCCUUUGGGCACCUGAAUAUAAACUAAUCUAAAACAAGAAUAAUGGCACCUUAUAAUCGUUGAUCACCUAUGUAAGACCAUAUAUAGAAUGCUUUGAUACAUGUGGUCACAUUUUGUCUUUAUCCAUGUAAGGUACAUUAUCAUCAUUAUUCAGAUUGUAAAGCUCAGUUUCCCGAGAAGUAUAGUGAUUGGUCCAUGAUCACAAAACCUGUAAAAUGACAAGAGUCGGAAUUAACCUAAACGUGACUCUUAGGCUCUUAAUUAUUUCUUGUCUCUUAAUAAAUUGACUAGCUUUAAGACUGACAAGGCUUCAAGGCAACUUCUUUGUCAAUGGUUAAAAUUUGUGAUGAUGGAGAUAUCACGACUUCACUCAUAGAUGAUAUUAACUAUUGUUCAUGACAAAUCAAGGGAACAUUCUUAAAACCUAAAAUAUAUCUGUCUUUUAAAGCCA